AUGGAUUGUUUACUUCUUGCUUUCGUCCUCAUUGGAACCACACUGGCUUGCCAACCAGUGCCACAACCUGGCUCUGGAGUCACACACGGACACGAUACAGCGGACGUUACAAUAGUCACCAAUCAAGUCUACGACUCAUCAAAAAUUUCUCAGUAUAUGGGCUACUUCCCGCAAACAAAGAUCGAAGAAUACUCGGCACCUCUUGGAUACUUCUCAGACCUUGGAAAUACUAACAGCAAUGGCUAUUUUGCCUUUACUUUCAUCCUCACGCAAUGCCACUGUGACGAGGUGAGGACUUGGGUCAAUCAAAUCGUAGCGAGCUCAAAUUACUACACAAGUGGAAAUGUGGUAUGCGUCCCAUCAGGACCACUCGUAAUACAAGCACCCCCAGCACCACCAGCAACAACUACAACAGCAGCUUCAACGACAAUGCGAACCAGUUUUCGUGUCCAACUGGGCGCACCGUAUGGGCAAGAUGGCCAACGUACACUUACUCAGUUUGGUCCCUAUGGUCAAGGUGUUGAAGUCGCUCCAGUUGCUCAGUAUCCUCCAGUUGUUAUACCACAGUAUGUCUCUGCCCCUGCUCCCAUAGUUGUUGGACAACCGGUUAUUGCACAACCACCGGUUAUUGCGGAACCGUAUCUUUAUGAGGAGACAAUAUAA